ACGCCGUAUAAAACACGGAAGAAUUCGGGUGGCCGGAUCAUUGCAUUCGCAACCUAUUGUCAGGACUGUUGUGAGUGAGAGAACAUCUGCGGCCUCACCGUUAUCAAAUCGGAUCAUCCGUCAUGUCGUGCCGAUCAUCAGCCACCCUCGCCUCGGUGUUCUUUGUCCUGACGACGACACUGACGUCGGCGUCACCGGCGCUCCGUCGUCGCGACGUCUUCGACAACGCCGUGGACAGUCCGGACGGACUCAUCGCUCAUCUACAGCAUCUCGGCGAGCUGUUGUACCGCUUCCCGGACAACGAGACUGGCCUGAAAGUCGCGCAGUGGCAUGAAGGUAUGGACAUGAACCCCGAGGAAUUGGGCAGUUACGUAGAAGGAGACAUCCUGUUUCCGCCAACGCAGGGUAGAAAUGGUCUCAAGGCGGACUCUGCUCGGUGGCCCAACGGCGUUGUACCUUUCAUGGUCAGUCCAUAUUUCAAUGCGCAACAGCAAAGACUCAUAUACGAAGCGAUGGACGACUAUCACAAGUACACGUGCAUCAGAUUUAAGCCGUAUACGGGUCAGGAGAACGAUUACAUCAGGAUUACGGCCGGCAACACUGGUUGCUGGAGCAGCGUAGGUAGGAUCGGCGGUCGACAGGAUGUGAAUCUCCAGGUUCCUGGCUGCGUGACGAAGAAAGGCACUGUGGUACACGAACUGAUGCAUGCCGUCGGCUUUUUGCACGAGCAGAGCAGAUACGAGCGAGAUGGCUAUGUGUACAUCCUAUGGCAGAAUAUCUUGAAUGGUCACAGUGGCAAUUUCGAAAAGGCCUCCAGGGGAACCACCGACGCCUUCGGAGUCGGUUACGAUUACGACAGUGUGAUGCACUACUCGAAAAACGCGUUCUCCAAGAAUGGUCAACCUACCAUAGUACCGAUAGGUAACUCUCGCAUAGAACUCGGCCAGAGGGAAGGCUUCAGCAAAAGGGACAUCCAGAAAAUCAGGAGAAUGUACAAAUGCAGCAGACGCAGACGUCGUCAGUACUAUUGAGCGGACAACGAAUCGACCAAUGUUUCCGGUGCUUUGUUUGCGCGUAUAUAUUCGCGUAUUAGCAGGCAGAAAGAAGAGGAGGUCUAGUCUUUCGUGCGCGUAAAACAUGUAUCUCCGCGAAGGAACAAUGUCAACGAACGUGUCAGUAUUAUUUUACAAUUAGUCGUUACCUGUUAAUUUAGUCAUUAUGGUGUACUGUAACAUUAUGUGUGUACAUGUAUCCAUUUUAUGCAUUUAAAUCAUAUAUUAAAAUAUACAUAUAAGUGCAUGUAUGGCAGGUAUUUCUUUUUUUCUUAAUUAAGGUUUUCUUUCUCUUUAUAAGAGGGGAAAGGAUAUGAGGAAAUUUUCUCCCCUUGCCUCCUCGAAUGAAGAAGAUGCGAUAUACCUCGCGAUAAAAUAUUCUGUAUUCGUAUGCCAUUUCUUUACAAGUGUUUCCGUAAAAGUGUAAGAAAAUACACUCUGCAGCAAUGUACUAUUUAUAGUAGUGCGCGAUCUCUUACUCUACCUAGCAUCGGUGGAAACACCGAAACAGGAAGAUCAAACGGUUGUCGUGGUUAAUGGAUCUAUUUGGUACGCGAAAGUGGAAUCCCCUGUAUGUUCGCCGCAAACUCAAACGUAUGGCGCACUAAAUGAGCGUAAAGUUCUGAGUCGUCGUGUAACUAAACUAAAAAAAA